GCCACCACAUCUAACGACACCCAAUUCUAUUCUUCGUUAGAACACCCGACCGUCAUCAUGCCUCCAAAGACCGGUGGUAAGAAGGCCGCUCCGGCUCCAUUCCCAGCAAGCAAGGCUGGUGUGAGCAAGAAGCAGGCGAAGAACCCCCUCAUCGAGCGCCGCCCGCGCAACUUCGGUAUCGGCCAGGACAUCCAGCCAAAGCGCAACCUCUCGCGCAUGGUAAAGUGGCCGGAGUAUGUCCGUCUUCAACGCCAGCGCAAGAUCUUGAAUAUGCGCCUCAAGGUUCCACCGGCUAUUGCUCAGUUCUCCAACACCCUCGACCGCAACACUGCCGCCCAGGCUUUCAAGUUGCUCACCAAGUACCGACCAGAGACCAAGGCCGAGAAGAAGGAGCGUCUGCACAAGGAGGCCACCGCCGUUGCUGAGGGCAAGAAGAAGGAGGAUGUCAGCAAGAAGCCAUACGCCGUCAAGUACGGUCUCAACCACAUCGUUGCUCUGAUUGAGGCCAAGAAGACUGCUCUCGUCCUCAUCCCCAACGAUGUCGACCCAAUCGAGCUCGUCAUCUACCUCCCAGCUCUCUGCCGUAAGAUGGGUGUCCCAUACGCUAUUGUUAAGGGCAAAGCUCGUCUCGGAACUGUCGUCCACAAGAAGACCGCCGCCGCUCUCGCUCUCACCGAGGUCCGCCAAGAGGACAAGAAUGAGCUCUCCAAGCUCGUCGAGGCCAUCAAGACUGGCUACAUGGAGAAGAACGAGGAGGCCAAGCGUCACUGGGGUGGUGGUAUCAUGGGUGCCAAGGCUCAGGCUCACGACCGAAAGAAGAAGGAGCGUGCCGAGCGUGAGAUCAAGAUUUGAAUGACUUGAUUUCUUGUUUGACGUCUUUGCAUGUGAACGAAGUAUGUGGCGUACGGCGCUUCAAAAAAGCAUGACAAGGAACACUGUCUGCAGGGAGGGAAUGGGCUGUUCAGAUUUGAUACCACUUUGAAAUGAAAGCUUUCAAGACUGCGGCUGCUCUCCCGCAGCAGGAAGAUG